AUGAGUUUAAAUCCGUCAACUUUAUUAGAGAAUUAUUAUGUAUCACUUGUCAAAGCAGUAGCAGAUGGUGCAAAGAGUAACAACUUGUUACUCAAGUUUGACGUGCUGUCCAAUGUGGGAGUGUUACUCGACCGCAUGAACAAGACAGAGAUUGACAGUAUCGCUUCGAAAUGGAUUCAAACGCUAAGCAAUUGUUUGGCUCAGUCUACGGGGUCGUCACUCGCCAACAUCAUCGGAUCGAUCCUUGCAAGAUUAUUCGAGUAUCCACAAGGUUCAAAAGUAUCAACUUCAAUCGUUAAAGUCAUCCUUACCAACAUUCGUGCUAAAACAACUACUGUACCAGUUAAAUCAUCAUUAAUUGAAGUAUUAGGAAUUAUAUGUAAGAAUAGUAAAACGUUUGCUAUUCUAUUUCAACCAGAUAUAUUUGAUUUGUUGAGUAAACAUAUCAAGAGUGGUGAAUUAAGAUGUCAAUCGAUUCGUGCACUUUCUAUGGCAGUAGAGAGUGUACAGGCUGCUGGCAACUCUAUACAUCUUGAAGAUUUCAAGGUUGAAAGUCUCAAUACUCUCAUCCCAGUAUUAAAGUAUUAUAAUAGUAGUGAUUCUAAAUUUCAUCUUGAUGCAUUUGAUCAAAAAAUACUUAGUUUUAUUUUAAAAGGAUUUGAAGAUGAAAAUCAAGUAUGUUCAAAGAAAUCAGCUGAAACAUUGGGAUUGGCAUUAUCUAUUCUAUUAUAUAAAGAUGCUCAACAAUCACAGGUAUUUGCACCGACAAGUGCCGCCAAAACAAAUCAACAACAACAAAAUCAUUGGACUUUUGAAUCUUGUUUAAAUUAUUUGGGUAGUCAAUAUGUUUCAUCAAACAAAAAAGAAUUCAAGAUUAAUAUGGCUAUUUCAAUUACAUCAUUUUUACAGAAUCUUAAAUUAUUGGAUUUAGAGAAAUCAGUUGAUAUGGUAUUAACAUUGUUGGUUAAAUUAUUGAGUAAUAAUAAGAGUUUGGCACUUGUAAACGAUCAAAUUUAUGCACGUACAUGUAUUUCACAUAUACUUAGACAUGGGUUAGGCGAAAAGGUAUCUGAAAAUGGUCAACAACUCAUGUUAAAAUUCUUUAUCAAUAUUCUUUCUCAAUCUGAAACAUUAAAUGAAUUAACUGUUUUAGUUUCUCUAAGAGAAUUAAGUUAUUUAUUAUUUGAUUUAGGGGAAGGUGGAAUAUUACAAGCAGAAGAUUUAUCAAAUCAUUUAUUUGGGUUGUUGGUAGACAAGAAUCAAUCGAUUAGACAAUGGUCAGCUAUAUGUUUGCGUGCAUUGGUGACCAAUAUUCCCAAACAAACUUCAAAGUAUCUGUCACAAUGUCUACAAAACUUGAAUCAGACGUUGGGAGAGUUUGAUAAACCAAAUGUACAACCAGAACCUCUUAAAAAGAUUACCAACUCUGUCAAGGGUCACGCAUAUGGUAUUAGCGGACUCAUCUCAUCACUCAAAAAAUCAGAUCUUGGUGUACCAACUUCAUUAAUGAAUGAAAUUACAAAGACUGCUUCAUCACUUUUAUCAAAUCCUGAUUUCUUAAAUCCAGCUAUUACAUUAUCAAAAUUAGAAGCAGGAUGGAUUAUAAUGAAUUCAUUGAUUAAAUAUAUGAGUGUCAAUUUUAUUGAAUCGAUAUUACCAAAUUUAUUUGGAUUUUGGAAAUCAUGUUUUAAUAUUACUACGAUUCAUCCAACUGCUGAACGUGACAUUGUUAUUUUUGCAAAGACACGUGCUGAUGCAUUGAUGCCAUUGCACUCGUUUAUCGUCAAUCAUCAGAAAUUGUUGGGUUCCAAGAUUGUAGCAUCGAUCGUUUCAUUCUUGGGCAACACUCUAAAGACAGUCUCUGAGCUGCCAGCCAUCAGUUCAUCAUUCCAACCAUCAACCAAUGAACUCACACAACUAUUGGAAGCCAAUUUAAUCAAGGCUUUCUUGGCACUACCUCCAUCCUCUUAUGCAACUCAUCACACCACUUUAAUGACUGUUGUCACUUCCCUCCUAUUAGAUGGUUGUCAAAAUACAAUGAUUCCCUAUUUAUUGUCCAAAGAUGAUGAAGAUGUCAUUCAACCAGAUUUUACUUCAAUUCAUUAUAAAUUUGAUUCAAUGUUUUUAGUACCAUUAGCAACUCAAGAUUCAUCUAUUACAUCAUUAUUAAAUUUUAAUGAUUGUUUCCUACCUAAAUUUACUCAAAACCUUGAAAUUAGAGUAGUAAAUAAUUCAAUUGAACAAUUUACAGCAUUGUUUAUUGCACAACCAGAUCGACAUAGAACUAAAUUAUUGGAUCAUUUGGCAAAUUGUAUAAAGGAAUGUCCAAAUGCACAACAAAGAUUGAUUAUGCAAAUCAAUUCAUUGACUGUUAUUUUCUAUAUUUUGAAGAGUAUGGUAUCGACUGGAAGCAAUUUUGGAAAGAGUGAUGUUGGAAGUAGUAUUCAACGAUUUGUUCAGAAAUAUGUCAGCGAACCAUCAUCCGCAUUGCUUAGAAGAAUCGCUGCUGAGAGUCUUGGAUUACUGUGUCGUAUCGAAGGUGAUAAUAUCACUGCAGCCAUUCUCAAGACAUUGACAGAGAUUGUUCGUAAACCAGCCAAAGAAGUAGCAACUGAAAUGAGAUCUGCUGCCGGAUUUGUAAUGGGUUGUAUUCAACGUAGUGUUGGUGCUAUGAUGUCACAGAAAUACCUACCAGCAACUAUUGGAAACUUGCAUGUAUUGGCACAAGAUAAUAGUUCUUGGGAAGUCAGAUCAUACGCAUUACACGCACUCUAUGUCACUAUUCAAUCGUGUAGUGGGUUUGCAUUCAACUCGUUUGCAUCUCCCACCCUUUUACUUUUACAAACAUUGUUGGUGAGUGAUACUGGGUGUCCUCCAUACCAGCAGUUGGGUCGUAUCGUCAACUCGAUUGUCGUAGCACUCGGUCCAGAGCUCGAGCACAACAAGGACGUACUCAGCAAGUGUACCACCACAUGUGCCGUCAUUGAAAAGAACGAAACACCCUCUACACGAGUCGAAUCAAUCUACUAUAAACAAAAACUCAUCCUGUUUGCUCCCGCAACCGUCAAUGAAUCCAUUGUCCCCUAUCUCACAUCACAAUUCAAAAGUCCAUAUCUAAUGCUACGUAUUGCUUCCAUCACAUGUCUUCGUCAAUUACUUCAAAAGAAAUCAACCAUUGAAAUUGGUAUUAAAAUUGUUGAUGAAUUAUUUUUAAUGCUUGAUAUUGAAAAUGAUACACAAUUACAAAAAGAAUUAAAAUUAUUAUUAAAUGCAGUGAUUGAUAAUAUUUCAAACAAUUCAAAUCCAUCACAAUGGUUGAAUUUAUGUUUGAAUAUUAUCUUGUCAAGUAAACAAAUGACAAAGGAUACAGUGUCACCAACCAAUAUAGAAAUGUCUGGAUCGACAUCAUCUGCAACUGCUCCUGGUAAAACAGUAUCACCAGACGAGGAAAAGGAUGAAGAGGAAGAGGAUGUGCAAGUAGUUGCCGAUCAAACCAAGGAACAAAAGAUUGAAUAUGUUUAUAGAUGGUCAACCAAGGUGUUUGCGAUUGAAUGUGUUCGUAGAAUUUUAUCGGUUGUUUGUGGAGGAACUGGUGCCAACUCGAUCAAUGUUACUGCCAACACAUUGUCACUGGUCAAUCACUUGCACGAGUUGAUUGGAAUUGCCUUUAAAUCGGCUACAUCUCAAAUUGACUCGAUGCGUCCAGUCGGUAUUCUCUUGCUGCGUGACAUUCUCGAAUACUUUGAGGCAUAUCCAUUCAUCACCAAGGCACUAGCCUCUCUAAUUCAUACUCCAUUUUGGCUCAAGGGAAGAGAUGGCAAGGACAGUUCAACGGAAAUCCUUCUCAAGGAAACUACUCCCAUCGAUGAUUUGUAUGUUAUCCUCGGUCUUUCCAUCAUUCCUCAAGAAAAGUUCUUGUCAGAUCCAACUGAAAGAAACUUGAAUCUUGAAAAUAUGAUCAUCACUUUGGAUACCAUCUCUCUUGUUUUCCAACAACCAGCAACAGAGUCCAACAAUAACAAUCAUUUACGUUUGGAAGAUUUCCCAAUUGAAAGAAUUGAUGAAAUUUGUCAAAUCCUACUUCGUUCAAAUGCUUUUGAAAAUUGGAAAAUUCAUAAACACAUUAUAGAUAUCAUUCAUAAUUUAUUCCAAAGUUUUGGUGAAAAAUUAAUUAAAGAAGAAUCAAUAUUUAGUUUAUUAUUAAAGAUUAUAUUUAAACCAAUUUAUAUUUAUGCAGAAAAUAUAACAAACAAAAAAUAUUAUCAAAAACUUUACAAUUGUUGUAAUUAUAUUUGUAAAUAUAUGAAUGAUGAACAAUCUACAUUGUACAGUCCACUUUUCCUUUUGGCAAUAUUAAAUGGUUUAUCAAAAUCAACCGAUCCAAAUCUAAUGUCUGUUGCCAUUCAAUUUGCAAUUUCAAUCUUUAAAAAUAAUAUCAAGGAUAAACCUGCAAUUCAAAAAGCAUCUUUGGAAACAACUAUUGAAUAUUUACAAUCGAAUGAAACAUCACAAGGAUUAUUAUUAUUAUUAUCAACAUUGAUAACAAACAAGAGUCAAAUUGAAAAGGAAGAAAUUCAAUUGAUUGUAAAAUAUUUUAAUGAUUCCAUUACUAGUCCAAGUAAAAGUACAAAGGAAAAAUUAUAUCAUCUUCAAGUCAUUCGAAAUAUUUUAUCUUCUUCAUCCUCUCAUACUUUAUCGCAAGAUGGAAAACCAACACCAGUCUAUCAAGUAACAUCUCAUCUAAUUAAUGGAAUAUUUGGUAGUCUUCACAAUGUACUCUAUUUACCACCAAAUCUUGUCAAUUCAAAACAAUCAGAGGAAAUUGAUAUCAAUAAUGAAAUUAUUAAAAUCUAUACCCUAUCAUUAUCAUUUAUUCAACCAGAAAACAAAAUUUUAAUAUUAUUACCAAUCAUUCAAUUAUUAAUAUUAUAUUUAAAUCCAACAUUGAUUUCUUCAUCAACAUCUGCAAUGGUAUCACCAAUGAUAACUAUGCAUCAUUCAGCUCUUCAAACUUUAAUUUCAUUUGCUACUAGUCAACCUCAAUUCAAGGAGAUUGUUUCCAAUCAUCUGCCACUCGAUCAAAAGCAGCUAUUGGAACAAUCGAUCAGACAAAGUGUCGAAAACGCAAACAAAAAAGAGGUUGGUCUUAAAUUACCAUCAAAACCACCUCAAAUUCAAUUGGCUAUGGAUUUUUCAAAAAUUGGAAAUCAAUAA